AUGAACGCCACUGUGCAGGGAUUGCUCUCUCGUUUCCUCUGUUUGUUGAGCCUUCUGUUAUUUUCCUGGGCACCACCACAGCCGUUGACCACUGUAAGGUCAGAUGUUGAUGAUGAAGAAGAUAAGACUGGUAGCGAGGAUGGAGGCAUCAUAUCAGCCUCUCAGAAAGCCGAAUUUCUUUCUCAGAAACUCUCACAAUGCUGGGACAGGCCAUCAGCAUGGCAAGCCAACACAAGUUUGCCGGGUCGGCGCCUUGCAUUCAGUAUUCUAAUGUGCUUGCGGCGCGACCUGAUAAUUGGAGGACUCACUGAACUUGCAGCCAUGCUCACUGCUGCAGCUCCACCCAUCAUACUGCGCUGGCUUCUGGCCUCUUUGUCAGACCCGAUCACAGAUGGUGCCGAUGCUAUGUUCCUCGGGGAAAGGAUAACGACAGAUGAUCCCAGGCAGCGAGGCACGCCUGUCACGCAUACGUAUCUCUUGGUUGCCGCCAUGGCACUCACUCAGAUGGGUGCCGGCAUUCUGAUUAACACUUCCCGAUAUCUGCUCGAGGGUGUUGGAACACAAGCCAAAGUAGCACUUACUGGCAUUAUUAUGGAAAAGGCUUUUGUACGGCCACCAUCUUCAACCUUUCUCAAAACCACGAAGGAUAGCAGAAAGGCAAAAUACAAUGGCAACGAGAAGAACUGGAGUAAUGGUGCUAUUUUCAACCUCGCUUCUGUCGAAGCGUCUCGCAUAGAUGGAGCCAUCAAUGGCAUCAACGCCCUUUGGACGGUCCCGGCUAGCUUCAUUCUUGCUAUCCCCAUGCUGGUCACUAACGUGGAUAUCACAGCCUUAGCGGGCGUCAUCAUCUUGCUCGCAGGGCUUCCAGUCUUCAGCCAUGUGGCACUCCGUAUCUGGACGGAUCAGAAGGCUCUCAGCGAGUUCUGCCGACGUCGCAGCUCUUGUACCCAACAUCUAAUUCAAGGAAUCAGAGGCAUCAAACUCGCCGGAUGGUCGGCACAGACCAUGGUACAAAACAAACUGUGUCAAAUGAGAAUAUGGGAACUGGUGACAGCGAACAAGGUGUGGCAAAAUCGUGCGGUGUUGGAAGCAGGAUGCGCGCUACUGCCCACGCUGGCUUCCAUGGCCAGCCUCGCAGCCUACAACGCAUUUCAUGACGGUGUACUCGAUCCUGCAAGAGUGUUCUCCUCAUUGGCGCUGUUUUUAGCUCUCAAACCGCAUGUUAUCCGGGCAUCCCAGGCAGCUAUGCAGCUACAGGACCUGCUCGUGGGAUGUCAAGCGAUUGAGGAGUGGUUGGAAAGCGAAGAACCAGAAAAGGAGACGGGGUCACUGACCGAAUCGGCAAUUAUUGUCACGGAAAACACAACACUAGUAUGGCCUGAUUCACCGGCCCAAGAUGCGUUUCAAUUGGCCUUCGAAACCGAGAUUAGGGUUAUCAGAGGCGAACUGGUAGCCAUCUGUGGCAACCCUGGAUCUGGAAAGUCAUCUCUACUGGCUGCAGCAGCCGGCCAAAUGUGCCUUGAGACGGGCAUUAUGCAGUUGGGUCGAGGAGUUACCGUGGCCUUGGCCGCUCAAUCGCCAUGGAUACGGAGUGGUACAAUCCGCAGUAACAUUGUGUUUAACCAACCUUUCGACCUAGAGCGAUACCAACAUGUGGUCCGCGCAUGCGCUCUUCAAGUGGACAUUGACCGGUUACCUGGCCGAGAUCUUACAGUCGUGGGCACAGGCGGCCAAGGUCUUUCAAGCGGGCAAGCACAACGCGUCAGUAUCGCUCGAGCACUGUACUCCGAUGCUGACGUAGUCCUUAUCGACGAUUGUCUCCGAAACCUUGACCCGGAGGUCGCCAAGGUGGUACUUGAUCAGGCAAUAUGCAACUCACUGGUAGCAAAGACGCGUCUCCUUGUAACAAAUCAAGUUGACGUGGCGCGCCGUUGUGACCGUGUUCUGUGGCUCGAACAUGGACGAGUGAGCUGGCUUGACUCAUUAGACAAACUUGAAAAGCAUCUUCCGUAUUCUAUCCCAGAACAAGACCUUUCCUCGGAUGUGAAAAACGAACAGUCCGCGGCAGAAGCAUUAUGCUCGAAACCGAGACCAACAGAUCCUACGCCAUCCCCGGUGCUCCAGUCCAGGAGGAUACAGUCUUCAUCCCGCGAGAAACGCCACGUAGCAUAUGAUCUUUAUCUGGAACUUGUGGGGGGCAUCCGAACAAUUUCGACAACAAUAGGCCUCUCAAUCUCUUGGCAAGUGGCGGCUGCUGGCGUAGUGCUAUGGUUGUCAUGGUGGACCUCCAACCAGAUAGAGCUCCCAGGACUGGCAUUUCUUGCAGUCUUCAUUACACUAGGAUUUGGAGAGGCAAUUUUAGCGCUGUGGGAACGAUCGCUGCGGCGCGUUGUCGAGGCGCCAAUGUGGUUUUUCCAAAGCUGCUCUCUCGGUAGUGUGAUGGACCGUCUCUCCAAAGACGUCGAUACAACGGACAGAGAGCUAGUCGAAGCAACUCGAAAUGCCAUCUUACAUCUCUCACGCCUGCUUGGCGGCAUCGCUUUAAUGCUGAUGAUGCAGGCAAAGCUGAUAGCUGCAAUUGCACCGGGAUUAGCUGCCGUUAUUGCUAUGAUGCUCCGGUACGCACCAAGACUGAAGAGUGUGAAAACCCGCGAAGCCAACUUACGAGCUCGCGCCAAUGCAGCACUCAGUGAAGGUAUUGACGGCGCCAGCUGCAUAGCCGUCUACAAGUCCGAGUCCUGGGCUCGUUCUGUCCUUCAUACGCGUCUCGACUCGUGGAGCAAUGUCCGCUACUUGGCUGCCGCAAACCUGCGUUGGCUUGAGGUGCGACUCGACGCCAUUGUGACCAGCAUCAUUGCAGUAACGGGCUUGAUCGUCGUCGCGACUUCAAACAGGUUGACGCCUUCAAUUAUUGGUCUAAUCAUGAGCCAGGUACUAGUACUACCGGCAUCCCUACGACAGGGUAUGAGGUUCUCGACGAGUGCCCUCCAAUCUAUGGUGGCGAUCGAUCGGCUUUCAUUUUAUGCUACUUGUCUCCCUUCAGAGGGCGAAGCCAGUCAGUCCUCUCGAUCUGUCAUGGCUGCAGAGACACAACGGCCUACAUCUGGAGAGAUAGGCAUACAAAACGUGAGCGCCUCACACGGUCAGGAAAGCAGCCAAAGCACAUCCACAGCUCUCCACAACAUAACCCUAGAUAUCCCGGCCGGUACACAUGUUGCAGUUGUUGGCUCCACGGGUGCCGGUAAAUCUACGUUUGUCGCAUUGCUUUUGCGUCUGCUAGAUCCGACCAUCGGCACAAUCACUCUGGAUGGAGUGUCCAUCACCGAUAUUCCCUUGCGGGUGCUACGAUCAUUUCUUACCGCCGUCCCCCAUGAUGCCGUCCCUCUCCCUUCCAGCACCGUCCGCGAGAAUGUCGACCCUGAACAACGCUAUUCUGACGAUGACGUAUCCCGCGUGUUAUCCGACUUCGAUCAGUUAGCUGGGCUUGAUGAUGAACAACCACUCGCCCUCGAUAGUUCCGCAUCCAACCAACUAUCGCCUGGGACAGCAAGAGCACAACUACUUGCAUUGGCAGCCGCAAUACUACAGAAACCUCAAUGUUGUGUUUUGGAUGAAACACUAGGCACACUCAGUGUUGAAGCAGACGCCCAGGUUACACGUAGAGUCAGGCAGGUUUUGAGGGAAAGAACAUUGGUAGCAGUGACGCACCGCAUGGAGGUGGCCAUGAUGUUUGACCGCGUGCUUGUGCUGAAUGAUGGGCAGAUAGAAGCGUAUGGAACGCCACAUGAGGUAUGGAGUCAGGGAGGCUUCUUCAGAAGUGCGUGCGAGAAAAGCGGUAUUACGCCUGAGGUCAUUUCAAGAGUCCGAGGCGAGGUGUAA